ACUUUCAACAUUAAAUGAUUCGAAAUCAUUCUGAUGGUCUAAAGAUGUGUUAAGUGUGAUACCCCACAUCUUAUGAGCUUCCUCACUUAUGAUAUGAAUAUGAUUGUUAAAAUCUAUAAAACAAUCUAAAUCCAUCAUUACCAUAAAUCAUAAAAAUUUUAAUUUUGAAAUUGUUGGGGGCCACUAGCCGCCGCCGGGCUCUGCGGUGUAAGUAAUGUCAAUCAUGUUGGAUAGAACUAGCUGUGUUAUCUUAAAUGUUGCCACUGCUCUACUCUCAUGGGGUCUUCUUAAAUGUUGCAAGCAACUUGACCAAAAAAGAAUUGGAAAGCAAACUCCUUAAUAUUGUACCCAAAAAUAAAAACUACUCUACAUAUUUUUGGUAUAUAAUGAGUAAAGUCUCCCUUCACCACCCCAACUUCAGCUCAUAAGUGGUCGUUGGAAGGGAACCAGAAUUUGAGCAACGUUUCUAGUGCCGAUACAAAGAAAGCAAUGCUUAAAAGUUUCCAAGGUCAUUUAUAUAACAGGUGAAAAGAUGGAGAUUUCAAUCAAGGAGUCAACAAUGGUUCGUCCAGCUCAAGAAACUCCAAACCAAUGGCUCUGGAUGUCUAACAUGGAUGAGAUAGUGAUAAGAAGUCAUAUCCCCACAGUAUAUUUCUACAUACCAGAUGGUUCUUCCAAUUGUUUUGAUGUCGAAAGGCUUAAGGGGUCUUUGAGCAGAAUUCUUGUUCCAUUCUACCCGGUAGCCGGAAGAUUGAGAUUCGAUGAAAACGAAAGACUUGAGCUAAUUUGCAAUGCCGAGGGAGUACUGUUUAUUGAGGCUGAAACUUCUUCUGAGAUGGAUCUCUUAACUGGCGAUUUUACAGAUAGCUCACAAGUUUGGCGACUAGUUCCAGCAGUGGACUAUUCAGGUGGAAUAUCUUCUUAUCCACUUUUCAUAUUGCAGGUAACUAGUUUUAAAUGCGGAGGAAUCAGUAUUGGAGUUGGAGUUCAUCAUAGUUUAGCAGAUGGUACAUCUGCUCUUAAUUUUAUUAAUAGUUGGUCUGAUAUGGCACGAGGCAUACCCCUCUGCCUUGAACCAUUGUUUGAUCGGACCCUUCUCCGAGCUCGAGUGCCACCUACUCCCAAAUUUCACCAUAUAGAAUAUGAACCAUCUCCUCCCCUUAUCACAGAAUCUGAAUCACAUCCUAAAUCUUCAAUCGUAUCUGUUUUUAAUAUCACAGCUGAUCAUGUAAACACCUUAAAAGCCAAGUCGCAAGAAAAUAUUGCAGAUACUUCUACUACCAAGUUUAGCACCUUCAAUGUCCUCGCUGCACAUAUAUGGCGUUGCGUGACCAGAGCUCGAUUCCUCUCAAACGAUCAGCCAACCAAGUUAUACAUGGCGGUUGAUGGCCGAUCCCGAUUGCAUCCUGCUCUCCCGUCGGAAUACUUUGGCAAUGUAAUCUUCACCACUGCAACAAUUGCUGUAGCUGGUGAUCUUCAAUCGGAACCAAUUACAGAUACGGAAAAGAGAAUCCAAAAAGCAUUGACGCAAAUGGACAAUGAAUAUUUAAGAUCAAUUCUUGACUACAUGGAACUGCCUGGCGUAAAAGAUUUGGCGCGAGGAUCACGGACUAUCCAUUCUCCAAAUCUUGGUAUUGUCAGUUGGAUGCGGUUGCCUAUUUAUGAAGCAGAUUUUGGAUGGGGUCGUCCUGUAUAUAUGAGGCCGGCGAAGGUUCUGGUCGAAGGAUUGGUAUAUAUAACUCGGACUCCAAAGAAUGAUGGGAGCUUAUCAGUGGUGACACGCUUGGAGGCCUCUGAAAUGAAACUCUUUGGAGAGCUUCUUUACAAAUUCUAAUUUAAGCUCAAAGGGUGCUAGCUAGUACCAUUAUUAUCCCUUAUUACAAUGUUUGAGUGUAAUAAAUCUAUUAAGGAAGGGUUCUUGUAUGGAGCCUUCGUAUUUUAGCACA